CGCGCAAUUACACAAACACAAUGACGGAGAAGAAACAGAAAGACACGAAGAAGGCUUCAUCCCAAUCGAAACCAUGCAUGUCGAACCAAGAUCGCGGAAAAGCGGUAUUAGAUGAUGAAGAGGAAUCCGAAGAUCCUCCAACGGAGCAAAUCCGAUGCCUCACACUCCACUCACAAAACUCGCCUAAAUUAGGUGAAUCGUUCAGUUGGAAGAGGUACAGACUAUGGAAGCAAGACAGGUAUCACAGAUCAGCACGACUCGAAAGGCAACUCAAAUCUCUGGAAGAUCGAAUCGAUAAACAACUGAAACGAUUCCAAGCCCAAUACUCUCGCGCCAAAAACCCAACACGACCAAAAGAUGUCGCCGAGCUUCUCAUGCCUAAAUCCAGCCCACCUCUGGAACUCGCCACUCUCUCAUGGCUAGGUGACUGGCGCCCAUCUUCCAUUUUGGGCCUCUUUAGCUCCCUCAUCCGAUCUUCACCAACCCUCGCCUCAUCUUUAUCUCACGCAGGUGCCACACAAAAGGCCAUUUCUCAAUUGAUCCAUGACUUGCGGAUCGAAGAAGCUGUCAUCGAUGAAGAAAUGAUGGAGAUUCAAGCCAAUUGCAUUCUCCGAAUCCCUUUCGCAAUCGCUAACGAAAAGCCCAAUGGAUCUACUUUAGAUCAAGUCAAUUCUGAACUCAAAAAAGUCCAUCGUCUCAUCGUCAAGGCCCAAAACUUCAGGACAAAUGCAUUGGAAACGGUGGUGAAGAAGAUUUUGUGCCAGAGUGAUGCGGCGGAGUUCCUGGUGGCGUUCGACGGAAUUCAAGAAACCGUUCACCAGUUUUCGAAAGAUUAUAAGAUGAGAAAAGGUCCGGUAACAGUGCCAUUGAUCUCCGGUUCAGAAAUUGUGGGGGUGGAUAGCGGCUACUCGUUGUGUAAGUUUCUUUGAAAUCAUGGGUACAACUCGUAAAGCGUUUAGUACUACCUCUUAUGCAGUUGCUCUGUUGUCUAUGCAUCAAUGUUGUUCUUUCACAUCAUUCUGUGUAAUCUGUACGUGAAAUUUUUGUUUUGUUUUUUUGUAUUCAUAAAGUACAAUAAGUAGUUG